GUUUGAGCGUUGCGUGCGUUUCGGAGCUUCGAGCGGAGAUUUCGAUAUUGACUUUUGAGCCGAGCCGAGCCGUUUUGUUUCGUCUGUUUCUGUUUUCUCGCCUCUCCGACUUCCGUAUAAGUUCAUUUGCCGUCGGCCAACGUUGAAAAUUUCCAGCGCCUGUUGUCGCUAUCGCCGCGAUUCCUGUCGCCCACCAACACUCAUACUCAUACUAAAAAAAAAAAAAAACGGAAACCGCCAACGGAAACUGCGAUACGGAGCUCAGUUUUUUAAUUAACCCCGCCAAAUUAGUUUUGUUCAAGAAUAUUUCCCGCACCUCCGACAAAUGCAAAUGAAAUAGUGGCUGGCAAAUUUAUGAAUGCAGGCCGAGAAUUAUGCUUCGUCUGAUAAGACGAUGCGAUGAUAAAUGUGUGUGAGAGUGUCUUUAACAAUCGGUGGCCAUAAAUAAUGCUCAUUAUGGGCUGAGGCCUGGGAAAAACUAAUGAAAAUCAUUGUGUAGCCCAAAAGAGUUAAUACGCAUACGAAAGAGUAUCAUAUACUAUAAACGUACAUAUUUAUGUGGAUUUAUUAAGCUGUUAAAUUUGGAUAAACUUUCCGACCACUUUGACCAAUUUGAAACCGCUUCUCCAUAACUAAAACUUAACCAGUACCUGGUUCUUUAAGGCGCUACUCUGGCGCUUCAGGCUCAGCAAAUGAUCGGCACCGAGGAUAUGUCCGCAGCGGCUGGCAUGGACAUCAGUGAGUCCUUUCGUGCCGAGGAUCUCUCGAAGGCGGACUUCUUCGACUUUGUAACCGGUCCCGACAUGGGAAUCGGCAUCGGCGUGGGUGUGGGCGUGGAGGCCCUGGGCGUCAGUCUGCAUCAGCAACAGCAGCACCACCAGACCCACCAACAGCCGCCCCAUAGUCACAAUAAUAAUAACAGCCACGUCCAGGUGGUUCACCAGCCCAUUACGUCGCAGUCCCAGCAGCAGAGCCUCUGCGGUGGUGCGAGAACCAACAGCAGCAUGAUCCACGACGGCGGGGGCGGUGGUGCAGGCAGCGGCGGCGGUGGGGUCGUGGUGCCCGUCGGCAAUCGUAACGGAACCACCAACGGCGGCGAUCCCACGUUACAGGGCUACGAGUUUUGGCACCAGGACAAGGACAACAGUCGCCUGGACUCGAGCUCGAUUUUCGAGGACCUCGACCGCUACUGCUGGCAACAGCAGCCGGUCACAGCCAGCGCCAGCAAUGGUGGAUCCGCCAGCACCAACCAGCCCAGUCCCACGUCGCCGCAGAGCCACCUCCAACAGCAACAGCAGCACCAGCAGCAACAUCAGCAGCAGCAACACCAGCAGUUGCAGCAGCAACAGCAGCCCAAUGCGAGCAGUUCCUCGGCUGCUUCGAGUGGAGCGGGCAGCAGCAGCGACACGAUCAGCAGUUUGGACACCACCGAUGGCCAGAUCUACACCCUGACAGUAUUAAACGGAGGCGAGCCCUGGCUGAAGCGCUCGGAGGCGGAGCAGCUGCCCACCUCGCUGGAUCUGGACAGUUUGCUGGGCAGUUUUCCGGGCUACAUAAAGUCGGAGUAUCCCUACGACGACAGCGGCUUCAGUACGGACGGCAAGGAUGUGAUCGGCAAUGGAACGGAUGGUCUCAGCAGUAUUUCCCAGGCCCAAAAUCAGGGUCAGCAGCAGACGCAACAGACGCUGCCCUCGCUGGUCACGGCCAUUUCGCUGGCCGGUGGCAAUGAUUUGGGCCAACAGUUGGCCCAAUUCCAGAACAACAACAACGACUGGCAUAUGGCCGAUCAUAAUGCGGAAACGGAGCAGAGUACGGCGGAAUCGCUGCUGCGGAGUGCGCUGCAGGGCAAGGGCUAUGUUAGCAAGGGUCUGCACAUGCAGAACGGACUGACCGGCAUGCCGGUGGUCAAGGAUGAGGAUAUGCGGCGUCUGCUGUUCGCCGAUGAGGCAGCCGCCUUGGGUUUUGUCGACUCCACCUUAAGUGCCGCCCAGAUGUUCGACGAGGCCCAGGGUAUCCACCUGAGUGCCCAACAGCAGCAGCAGCAGCAACAGCAGCAGCAACAUAAUGGUGGCAGCAAUAUCCUGGUGGACGACAUGUUCCUGUCGCUGGAGAAUGCCUUCAGCGAUGAUUUCGAGAAGAUCAAGCGCAUAGCCAACGAAGUGCAGCAGUUUUGCUCUGCCGGCUCGGCGGGCACACCCACGCCGGGGGAUUAUGGACCACCCGGCGAUGUGCUGAUGCAAAUCUCACCCAGUGCGGCGACAGUUCCGCUGCAGCCACCGCAACCACUUAAACCGGAAGUGAGUACCUCCACUUCGCCUGCCUCGACGGUGGUUGUUUCCGCCGUCAGAGGAGGAGGAGGAUCAGGAGGUGGCGGCGGUGGAGUGACCAAGCCCAAGAAGGCCUACAAACGCAGCAGUAGCAAUAACAAUAAUCCCAAUGUGGCCAACAACAAUCCAAGCAGCGGGAGCAAUCCCCUCAUCGGCGGCAGCGGAAGUGGAGGCAGCUCCUCGUCGAGUGGCAGUGCCAGCAGCAGCAGCAAUAGUCCGCCAGCCAAUUCCGGCGGCAGUUCGUCCUCCUCGUCGGGCGGAAGUGCCCAGCGGAAGGAGCGAUCGCUGCACUACUGCUCCAUCUGCUCGAAGGGAUUCAAGGACAAGUACUCGGUGAAUGUGCACAUACGCACGCACACGGGGGAGAAGCCAUUCGCCUGUUCGCUGUGCGGCAAGAGUUUCCGGCAGAAGGCCCAUCUGGCCAAGCACUAUCAGACGCACAUGACCCAGAAGAACAACGGGAACCUAAUCAAGGGCGGUGGCUCCGGGAAGCAUCCACGAUCCAGUGGAUCAACAGGUGGCUCGUUGAACCAACGACAGCAGCAGCAGCAGCAGCAACAGCAACUCGGCGGUGGUGGAGUGGUGCCACCUUCGCUGCCCGUGAUGAUCAGCAAUCCCAACACGCCACCUAGCGGUAUACUGCCACCUGCCAAUGGACUCCUCGCCAAUCGGUAGUGAUCACCACUUGGAAGCGGGGUGUUCCCAUCCCGGCUAAACUAUUUCUUGUUCCUUACUCACAAAAUACAAAAGACAACACAAAAACCAACAAACACACAAAAAAUGAACAAAUGUAGAGAGAAACUAUAUUACUACUCUAAAUACCUAAAUACUCGUACUAUGCCCAACUCGAAUUUACGUCAUUGAUGAAUUCCUAUUUCAGCUUUCUGUGCAAUUCCUAUAUGCCCAAAUACACAAACACACUGACAGACAGACACUCGAAGCACUUCCAAAUACAAUACUCAAUCUUAUGUACAUUUACACAAACAAAUUAAAUUUAAAUGUGCCAAAUUUUGAAGAUUUUAAUUACUAAAGUUAAAUAAAUACCUACUACUAAAAUAUAAAUAUGCUAGGCGUGUAGAAAUAGAAGUGUAACGAUGCUAAUGAAGCAAUUCCACGAGUGGUGAUAUAAUAAAGAGGCCAAACGCUUCCUUGCUAAACGAUAAUGGAAUAAUGAUAAACGACGAAGAGAAUUCGGUUUUAAAAUCCCAACCCAAACUAGAAUCUCCCAAUCACCCGCAGUUCUUCAGAGUCUUCGUGUUUCCUGUAAAUUGAAAGUAUUCGUUUUCUUAGUUGCUCUGCCCAAAUUAGCAUAAAUUUGUUUGCUAGUGUUAAUGUAUAUUGUUAGUGUGUAUAUAUAAAUGUACGCCUAAAUAAAGAUAGUUUUUUUAUAAUUUUAAAACAUAAACUAAAGCAGAGGGAAUGCCAAAUAUUUGAGGGAGGAACACUGCUGACCUGAGCCACUAAAUUCGAAUCCGGAGCUUAUCCUACAUCAAAUUCCCGCUCCUUUCUCCUUCAAGGAUCUCUUUGAUCUCUUGGGCCGAGUGUUAGCCAACUUCAAAGGCAUUUGAAAUCAAAAGAAAGUAGGGGGCACAAGCAUUAAUUUACCAUCUACAACUAUGUUUAGACACACCAUAUGUUCAGCAACUCAACUUGCACUUGCCAUUAUUUUUGUAUUUGAUAAACACAAGGCGAAUUCCCUAUAAUUAAAGAUAACACCACACACCACAUUCCCAACCAACUAGCCGUAUUGUUUAGGCUAAGCUAACUGAUAAAUCAGCCGUAGUUAGUGGUUAAUUAAACUGCCAAUUAUUUUGUGAUAGUUUUAAAUGGACAAUAGUUUAGAUUACGCAAAAAAUAUCUUCAACGGUGUUUGGGUUAUGUAACGUUUUUUAACGAUUUGUUAUAAACUGUGUACACUUUGCAAUACGAGUAUUUUUCUGCUAAUUUAUUGAACUUAAUAGUUUAUGUACAUAGAGAACGAACCUUGUUUAUAUCCAAGCCUAGGCUAAGCCACACAUUGAAAUCUUAGUUAAAUCUUUGUUAGUUAUUAUUUAUGCACACACACACGAAAACCACACACACACAUCCAUCUGCAGUUAAGUUUUGCAUUAAU